AUGGUACACUCUGGGGAUAGCUUUGCACGGCAGCCAUUGGCAAACAUUACAAACCAUUACUUGCUUCCCACAAGGAGACAAUUUUUGCAGAUUUUCACUCUUACAAGGAAUAUACGCCUUGAAAGUUGCACGAGCGAAGCAACCCAAUGUGAGCUUAUUGCAUUUGCAAACUGGAUUUUAUCAAUAAGUGAUGGCACAAUCCCAAUAGUUGAAGACACUGAUGAUCUCAUUACUAUUCCAGAUGAUUUUUUGUUGACCAUAGUGGAUAAUCCUUUGCAUUGUAUAGUCGAUGCCAUAUAUCCAAAUCUUCCUAACCACUUGCAAGACAAGGCCUACUUCAAUGAUCGUGCUAUCUUAUGCCCAACAUUAUCUGCUGUGGACGAGGUCAACUCACUCAUGUUGUCCCUUCUUCCUGGUGAUAAAGUUGAGUAUCUUAGCGCAGAUAGCAUUUCAAAGUAG